AUGCCAGACUAUCUAAACGCGAUGGGUAAUCCUAACGGUGCAGAGUUGGGUGUUAUCUCCAACGGUAUGAUGUUUGGUAUGCUUUUGUGCUUCCAAUUUGCACCAUAUGUCAUUGACAAGUAUGGCCGUAAGGUCGGGAUGUACGUGGGUAAUGUCUUGAUUUGCAUUGGUGUCCUCAUCCAAGCAGUAUCUGGUGCAUGGAUCAAUGGUUUACCAGAGGAUUAUGACAAGAAGGACGUGUUCGGUAUGUUUGUUGCUUCACGUAUCGUGUUGGGUACCGGAGUUUUGUUGAUCAGUAUUUCGACUCCAGCUUUGAUCUCAGAAAUAUCAUACCCUCCUCACAGAGAGCUUUGUACCUCCAUAUAUAAUACAUGUUGGUACCUUGGUGCUGUUGUCUCAGCUUGGGUCACUUACGGCUGCAGAAACCUAGCUCAUCAUUGGAACUGGAGAAUUCCAUCUAUCAUUCAAGCUUUUUUCCCUAUCGUUCAACUCAUUGUGCUAUACAACUGCCCAGAAUCUCCAAGAUAUCUUGUUUUCCAUAACAGAGAUUCCGAAGCAAGGGCCAUUUUGAACAAAUACCAUGCAGGUGAUAAUGAGGAAUACGCGGGCUUGAUCGAUUUUGAAUUGGCAGAAAUUAAACUGGCUAUUGAACAAGAAAAAGCUUCUCAAGCUACCAACUUCUCUGAUUUCUUUAAAACCUCCGGUAAUCGCCAUAGAUUGUGGAUUUUGAUCUGGACUGCAAUUUUCACACAACUUUCCGGAAAUGGAUUGGUGUCUUACUAUCUAUCCAAAGUCUUCAAUUCGAUUGGUAUUACAGAUCCUGAUGAGCAAUUAGAGUGGAAUGGUUGGUUAAUGCUUUACAACUGGUUAUGUUCAUUAAUUUUGAUGAGUUACAUCGCCCCAUUCUUCAAAAGAAGGCAAUUAUUUUUGAUAUCCUUGACUUCAAUGGCCUGUUGCUACAUUGUCUGGACAGCUUUAUCUGCUGAAAACCAAAAACGUAAUUUCGAGGAUAAAUCUCUAGCAAAUGGUGUCUUGGCAAUGAUCUUCUUAUAUUAUCUUUCUUACAACUUUGGAUUCAACGGUUACCCAUUCCUCUACACAACUGAAAUUUUACCUUACACUUUGAGAGGUAAAGGGCUUACAAUUUUCCAGUUGGCCAUUAGUCUUGCAGUUAUUUUCAACGGGUUUGUUAACUCAAUUGCAAUGGAUGCUAUUGAAUGGAAAUACUACAUCUUUUAUUGUUGUUUCUUAGCCGUUGAGAUUGUUGUCUGUUAUUUCACUUUCGUUGAAACUUCUGGAAGAUCUUUGGAAGAAGUUGACGAGGUGUUUGGAGAUGGUAUCACUCAACUCCCAGAAGUGACAUCCCAGGUUAUGUUAGAAGAUGGUAAGAGGUUAUCUGUUGAACAUCUAGAAAGAACAGAAACCUCAUCCUAA